AUGGCGAAUUUAGGACUAACCUUAUAUGCAGUCUUAUUCUAUACCUGCUAUCAGACUAAUAUCACUGCUAGAAAAUUAAAAAUGGUUGCAAACGUAACCAAACCAUCAACGAACGAAGAACAGAUAACUGUUUCUUAUCUGAGUGUAGCGUUUAUUUUGGAGAUUUUUGCUAUAAUCAUUGUCGCUAGUAUGCAUACAGCGGAAGACUCGAGAAUAAAUAAGAAUGCGAAUGAACAGCUAAGACGAUCAAGUACGAAUAACUUAAAAUUACGGAUCGCAUCAGAAAAUAAAGAAAUCAGUUUUCUAGAACUAUUUACACUAAAUGGAUCACUAAAUUGUGGAUGUAGUCUUUCAAUUUUCACCAUUCGAAACAUUACAUUAGUCGCUGUAACCUUCUGGCACUUAUUAAAUUUAGUGCAGCUUGUUGUGAGAAUUUCAGAAUGCCAAAAUCUAUCAUUCAUGAUCAAGUAUAAAGUUUCAGAAUUUAUGGCGUUAGCAAAUUCAUCAUAUUUUUUACAUAUAUUGAACUCGAACUUGGGAAAGUCAAACUUUCAAAAGGGUUCUACGUUCUGCAAAAAAUCCCUAAAGAGAGUGAGAACGGCGUGGAUAAACCUUUAUUUGGCAACAGCUCUAGGCGUCAAUGCUUAUUUUGCAUUAAAUAAUGACAAUUCAAAAAAGCAUUUGGAGAACAAGGCAGACAAUAUUACAAUUAAUUUUUUGUAUAACUUACUUUCAUCAGUAGCGGUUUUUAUUAUAUUCGUUUUGCAAUUGGAAAAACUUUGCAAAUCAAAAGAUCCAGCAUUAACUACACUUCAUCUUAGCCUUAAUGAACUUACGGAACAGUUCAAUAAAUUUACGAAUUCAUUGAAUACCGAUGAUUUCUUGUUAAAGGAUUUUGAACCGAAAGCAGUACAGCAAGGGAAUACAGAGAUUAUUGAAGUAGAUUUUAAGAGUGCAAUCUAUAAGAUCCUAUUAAAUUCUCAAGAAAAGGAUCCAAAAAAGAAAAUUGAACAACCUACAAAAUUUAGCAUCUUUAUUAUGCUUUGCGAUAAAAGCAAGGAAGUGGUUGUAUGGUAUUACACGUUCGACUCCUUAGAGUGGUUCUAUUAUAAAGUUUGUGUUUUUAUAUGGUACCUACCAUGCACAACUUGGCUUUGUUAUAAAUGGGCAAACAGUAUUAGCCGAGAUUCGAGCCUGGCUCUGUGCCAAAAAAUGUGGAAAUGGAUUGAUGAAAAAGCACUUGCGUUCGGAACUAGUGAAGGUGCUGUUGUAAAUGGACUUGCGGACGCUACGAAGCUAAUACUUUGCUGCUGCGGCUAUGAUUGCGCUCAGCAAUAUUCCUCAGAUUCAUAUAUAGGCGCACUACCUCAUAGUACACAGUACACGGUAUAA